AUGCUGCUAGUGUGUGCAGUUCACUCAGUCAGCAGGCUUGCUAUGGUAUUCAGGAAAGUGUGUGCUCGAGUUUCGGCGGGGCGAGUGCGACGGGGACAAACAGCAAUGGCGGAGUCGUGCAGCCCGGAAAUGACAGUCCCAGGCAAACAGCCUGUCCAAGCAUGUUGUACGCCGCUGGUGCGGGAGCAGUGUAUGGAGCCAUGA